AUGACCUUGCUGACCUCUAAAACAAACUAUGAUCAUACAUUGCAGGACUCUACCGAUGUGUUUCUGAACCAAUCCUCUCUACCCCGUACAUGGGAGCAACAUAGUCCAUACGACAGCACACAUCUUGUUUCGUAUGAACAACCAUUAACAGACUUGAAGGGGUUUAUAGAGUCUGCUAUUCCUAAUCCACUCAGGACUGAGCUUGCUUCACUUCAGAAUGCAUUAGAAACCUGUCAGAAAGAGAAAACUGCUCUUGGUGCAAAGGUUCAGACAGAAACAUUCGAACGUGUACGUCUAAUGUCAUUGUUGGAUAUUACUAGAGAAGAGUUGAGAACCACUCAAAGACAAUUGCUGCAACUCAGAUAUGAUCCAUUCUCUACAUUGGCUGUAAAUGCUGCAUUGCAGAGAAAAAUCGGCGAUAUGCGUCUUCAUAUCGACUCCCUCACAAAUGAAUCAACAAAGCUAAAAUCUACUAUUCAGAAGCUAUCCAGUGCUCAAGGCGAUGCUAUAAAUGAAUCCGUGCGUAAAUCUCUACAUAUUGAAACUGUCGAAGCAGAGCGGUCGAGAUUGGCCGAAUCUCUUCUUUCGGCUCAGUAUGAAUCUACUGAAUUUACUAGGAAAAUCGCCAUGUUGGAAACGGAAAACAGCGCACAGCGUCGUCACAUUACUGCAUUGGAGCGAUUGCAUCCAGAUAAUGCUGCUCGCAGAGCUUUUAGUGGUCAGGACAAUCAUUCCACACAGGAUAAACCAUUGCCAGUUUGCGACGUGUGUGGAUUUUCAAAUCAAGAAGCUACUGCCGAACAGCUGGAUGCCAAUCUGCACGUUGCUGAGCUCUCUCACCAAGUAGAAUCUCUUAAACAGGCGUCCCAGCAACUUACUUCUCAUCAGGCAUCUGUGCUAAAACAAUUGACAGCAGAAAGGGACAGGUGUUCUAAAGCCGUUGAUGAAAUUACAAAACUCACUACAAAGUGUAAUCUGUUGGAAAUAAACGAAGCGAAUUCGCUGAAAAAGAUGGAAGCAUACAUGUCACUCAACACAGAGCACCACAAUCGUAUCACUGCACAGUACUCAUUUUUACGAGACUUGACGUAUACCAGAUUGCAAGAGUCUGCAGAUAGCCGUGCUCAUAUCCAUGGCCAAAUCGAAGAAUUUUUUGGGUUUUUUGGGGAUAUUAUUGGUAUUAUAUGGAUGCUUGAAACUUUACUAAACGAAGAGCAGCAGGCGAGAAAUCGAAUUGAAAAGGUUAAACAAGAAUUUGCAACUGAAUGUGCAUCACUUUUCAAGGAGCUUCAAACACGAGCACGGCGGCACGAGUUAAAAUGGACUCAUAUUCAAACCCAUGCAUAUGAACUCAAAUCAGAACUGGUCAAAAUUGAUUCCGCUGCGUUACCAGACUCUGUUCAAAAUACAUUGGCGUCGAUUUAUACUAGUUUGGACGAGAUGGUCAAAGUAUCCUCGUAUGAAAUUGUAGAAACAUCCGCAACUGCAAAACUGUCUGCUGAAUCUCGUACUCUGUUUGUCGAGAGCCGACUUGCAGAGGCAGAAGUGUUUAUUUCUAGUGUAUUUUCUGAUAGAGAUCGGCAACACAAAUGGUCUUGUGACUUGAAUCAAAAGCUGCCUCUUUUGGAAGCACGUAUGGAAAAGUUGCAUGAUAGCCUUGAAAAAUAUAUAAAACUCCAAACCAACAAGAAGCAUCAAAGCUUACCCAUUACCAAAGAUACCAAUUGCGAACCUGUGCCAUCUAUGGAAGUUGAGGCCUCAGAUGAGAUACCAAGCACUAGUUUAAAAACAAAAAAACUUAUACCAUCACUAGAAUCACAGCCUACACGCUCCAUAUAUGGUCGUUUUUGGCCUACAUUUGGACUUGGCAGUUCUUUAUCAUCGACCACAUUUGACGCACAAAGUAUCUCAACACGACAGCAUCAACGUCGCUUAUCCAUCAAAUCUGUUUUUGAGCAGGUUUCCAACACAAUUUCGUACGACCACCCAAGUGACAACAAUAUAGACACUUCAUCAAAUUUGAAUUCAGCAGCCAACAUGGUUCUUCGAACAUUGUUUAAAAAAGAAGAAAUGAUUAAUCAGCUGCAACAUAAAAUUGCUGAUUUGGAAGUUGACGUCAAGAAAUGUAAAGAUCCCACCAAUCAGCUAUAUACUCAUUCAGAAACCAAUCAACAAAUAGUGGAUGUUUCUUUAUUGAAAAGCACUAUUUCUGAAGAGCAAUUGCCUGUAAACACAAAUGAGCACAUGAGCAGUUUUCAAAAUUCCGAUACUCUUCAAAACGAAAUACAAGAUAAAACACCUAUAGACUUUUCAUCGAAUGUCUUGGUACCAGUGGAACCUGCCUAUCAAGAUGUGCAAAAUGGUACAGAUACUUUUAACACGCGGAAUCCAACUGUAUCCAAUCAAGUGGACUUGGACACUACACCCGAUCGUUUGACAGACCAGGACACUCUUCAAGUACAACCAGAGCCUAUUUUGUUGAAAGAUGCAACAACUCAAUCAUCUGUCAAGAUUACUAGGUCGAUUGAAGUGCAGACAUUUUCAGACUUGAUAAUUAUUACUAAAGACAAGUGGAGUAGUGUUGAAAAAGAGCUAUUAGAAAGUAAUCAGCGUGAAAUUGAAUUGCAAAAAAGUCUAGACGAAAUGGUGCUGAAUCAUGAUACUGUGGAAUCUAAACUUGUGUGUGCAGAUGAAAAAAAUACUGCGCUAGAAUCACAGCUCCAGGAUCAAACCAGUCAAUUGACUAUAUACAAAUCAAAGCUAAACGAAUCUGAUGCCAAGGUUACUGAUCUUGCACUAGCAAUGGCUGCUUUUGCAGACCAACCUAUCUCAACACAUAUGCCAACAGAAUUUGCUAGCACUCAAACACGCACUCCAUUCUUGCUUGAUUACGCGGCUCAAACCGAUUCUCCUGCAAUGCAUAGCGUCUCAGUCGAGACAACGCUAAAGCAUCAUCAUGACAACUCGUCUCAAACCAUUGACAUGAUGCUAAUUCCCAAAGAUAGAUGGGCCAGUAUUGAGCAAGAACUGACACAAACCAAUCAACACAAACUAGAUUUACAACAAACCGUUGAAGAACUCACGUCAAAGUAUGAUCAAAUGCUCAUUGAAAAAGCUCGGGAAUUUGAAAGAUAUGUAGCGAUUGAGUCACAAUCCCAUGCGCAAAACAUAAUGGAUAACCAUGAAACACAAUUUGAAAAAUCUGUUGUAGACUCUGUACACCACUCUUCCACGGCUAGCACUUUUAAACAUAGGCCUAUUUCUCAAUUAUUCACAACCAACACUACGUAUACCCAAACCUUUUCAACUAAACAUAUAGAUGGCUCAAAUCAGACUGAUAGUUCAUUACAACGUGAUGGCUCGAAUCAAACUGAUAUUUUACCACAACGUGAUGGCUCGAAUCAAACUGAUAUUUUAUUACAAUGCGAUGGCUCAAACCAAACCGACACAUCACUGAUGGUCGUUUCAAAAUCAGAAUGGACGCAUAUUGAGCACGAAUUGGCAGAGUGCAAGCAGUGCAAAUUGGAUCUUCAAAAUACAGUUGAUACAUUGACUACAAAUCAAAAUCAGUUGAAUGCUCAAUAUUUACAGGAAUCUGAAAAGCAUAAUCUUUUGAAAUCUGAUUCACAGAUUUGUGAUCAGGAAUUGCAACACCACAAACUACAAGUUGAAAAGAAUAUAAAAGAAAUCAAUCUUUUAAAAUCUACCAUUACCAAACUGGAACAGGAAAUCGCUUUAAAAUCUGUUUCGACUCUCACAGUCAAAGUUCAAACAGAACCCUCCAUUUCAUCACAACCAGAUUCUUCAAAUUUACAAAAUGGUAUCUCGCAAACAGACAUUAUAGUCCAGGCAGAUCAUAAUGCUCAGACCGACGACUCUUUAAUUUUUAUUUCAAAAGAGAAAUGGCAAAGAUUUGAUCAGGAAUUGGCAGAAAGUAAUCAAAAAUCGCUACAUCUUCAACGGGUCAUUGACGAGUUGAAUUUAGCUCAUGAUGAUUUAAAAUCCAAACUUUUAUAUGAAACAGAAAAACGUGAUGCUUUUGAAUCACACUCACGAGUCGACGACUGUGAUGCACUCGGUCACAGCGCUCAAUUGGAAAAAUAUACUUUAGAAAUUGCACGUCUUGGCUCAGUCAUUGCCUGUAUGAAUGAUCAGUAUGUAUCUCAACAACCACAACUAGUCUCUGUAAACACUGAAACGGAUCAUAUAUUCACUCUGGACACCACUACUCAGACGGAUUCAAAGACUGUGUGUGAUUCGAUUACUCAAGCAAAUGAUGAUAGAUCUGAUUUUAUUUCCAAGGAAAAAUGGAAUAAUACUGUGCAGGACUUGGAAAAAAGUGUCAAACGUGAACAAGAUUUACAACAAACCAUUUUCGAUCUUCAAUUGAAAUACGAGCUUGCAAAAUCUGAUCAACGUACAGCCUUUGAAUCUCAAUUACAAGCCCAUAAUACUGAAUCUCGUGAAUAUGCUUCUCAGAUUACCACGUCAGAUUUGCUUGUAAAUGACAUGAAGCAGCAGAUUGAGCUACACAAACACCAAUUAAAAGAUCUAAAAGACCAAAUUAUAAAACUCAAGACAGAUUUAAAGAAAACUGUUUUGUUAGAAAAGGCAAAAGAACUGAAAUAUCAGCAGUCUGAAACUCAACAUCGAGAGUAUCUUUGCACAAUCUCCACGAUACUUUCACCUUUAAAUCAAGAUGGAAAACUGGAUGUAACCAACAAGACUGCACUUUUGGAAUUGGUUUCAAACCUACUCCCCAUUAUUUCAGGUGCUGAUAAACAACUUAAAUCUAGUUUCUCACAAACUUUGGAUUUCACAAACUCUACACAUGAAUUACACAAAAAUCAAGCCAGAUUACGCGAGGAGCUUCAAAAUGCUUUAUCUGAGAUGAAACUGUUAGUUGUCAACAAUACUCACUUAAAAGAUACACUUUGGCAGCUUAAAAUGCAGGUUAACGCAAUACAAUCGCAUAAUAGUGCGCGUGUUGUAAGCCUAAUUCCAGCUGGUCUUCGAAAUGAGUCGGUAAAAGAUGAGAUUAUGGCAAUUCAGAACAAAGUUGAACUUGCCAUUUCCAUGCGAGAUAAAGAAAACCUGCGACUGGAACAAAAACUUUGUAAACAACGAGAAGAGCAUCUUUCCGGACUAUCCAAGGUUUCCAAUCAGCUUCAGGCUGCUACAGAAUAUAGUCGAGCGUUGUUGAUCAAUCUUGAAUUUUCCAACCGUCAUUUGACGGACACAAAAGAACGUCUGAGUGCAGAAAAUGAUGCUCUUUGCAAGGAAAUCAGUAGACUGCACUGUAUGCAAAUUGAAAACAGUCGUAUAUCUCCGGUUACGCCAUCUACAAUGAGUCAUGCAUCUAUUCCAAGCAAUGGCUCACAAGCAUCUACUAAAAUUGCAACCGAUGUUGAUAAAUCUAAAUUGAACCAUGCCAGUCAAAGAUUUAAACAAAUGGUUAUUAGAGAUAAGCAUGGUCUCUCAACAUGGCUAAGUACAGUUUAUACAGGCAGUUCUACUAGUCUAUCUCAUGGUAAGCUUGCAACCAUGGCACAUCAAAUCAUGGAAUAUUGUGAAGUUCUUGCUGGAUUGGUAGACGUUGUCACUACGCUGCUUACACGACAGACCAUUGACAAAGACACUGUAUCUUGGCUAUCAUCUUUGCCAGUGUUUGACAUAAUGUUGCAGAAACUUGACAAUCCAACCGAUGGGUUUAAAAGUGACGGAAAGCAAAAAUCUAGAUUGCCGAAUGCAAUUAUUGCACACCUGCUUUUUGAUAUUACUCGUGAUGCUCGGUUGCGUGAGCAGCACCAUCAUUUGGCAACGCAAUCAAAUACUCUAGAUUGUGGCACUCAAACUAAUCUGGAGCUAGUUCAGCCUGAACGUUCGCCCGCAGAUGCAAUUGAGCAGCAAUCUUACCAACACAUCAAAUCUAUUCCAGUUUUUGAUGAGACGGAAAAGCAAAAGAUGCUUGAUUGCUGCAACGAUCUACUGAUACAGCAAAACCAUCUUCGCGGUGUUGUAAAGUAUAUUAUGAAAAAGAAUGUUCAAUGCCAAUCUGAAAUUCAGAAAAAGAAUAUACAAAUUUCUCUAUUGCAGACAAAGCCUCCUACAGCCACUCGAUCGGUAAACUGUGAUUUAAAUGAUUUUAUUGACCGUGUUCAAGAUAGCAUUCCAAAUUUUGAAUCGAUAAAAACGGCAUAUGUUCAAGCUGCUAUUGUCAUGACUGAUGCAGCAACUUCACUGCCACUUCCAUCACAAACUUUGGCUAGCACUCAAACAGAUACUAUUGAAGCAUCAGUUUCAACUUCACAUAUGGAAAAAAGCGUUUCUGUUGCUAGAUUUCUCAAAAUUCAGCGCAAAUGCAGUGAUCAAAGUGCGUUGAUUCUCAAAUUGCAGUCGGAUAUUUCAAAACUGGCGUCUAUUCAUGAGCUUCCUGUCAAAGAUACAAUUGUAGAUGGAUCCGAGGCACUGAUUAAACGCAGCGAAUACGAAGACAUGCUACAAAAACUUGUUGAUUUGCAAGUUGAUUUAGCCAUGGUUAUGGGAGAACGAGAUUCAGUCAAACACGAACUUGCUCAAUUAGAGCUCUGUGUCUUGGAGGAGAAAAAGAGUAAACAAAUACCACUUGGUACUGACGAAACAGUCGACUCUAUUACAGAGUCAAAAUCAAUGCUAGACUCUACAAAACAGCAGCAAACACAUUUCGAUAAACUAGUUUCCGAUUGUGCACAGAGUGAUAGUCGAUGGAAAGCAGCAGAGCUGCAAUCCCAGCACUAUCAAAACCAAUUACAAGCCGCGAACAUGUCGAUUGAAGCUCUUACUACCCAAGUGCAAAAAAUGCAUGCUCAAAGCAAUCUUCUUUCCAGUCCAUUGCUGCAACCUAUCAAUCCACGCAAAAGCAUUUUGAUAGAUGCAGAAACUCAGACUUCAAAGGGAAUCUCUGAAGUUUAUAAAAAACAAAAAAUUGCGGCUUCACUGAUUCAGACCAAAACCAACUUGGAUCUGAGUAAGCGACAAGUAACAGUUCUUGAGGCUGAAAACACAUCAUUGAAACAAGCAUAUGAACACAUGAGACAAGAAUUACAAGUUUUACAAAAGCCAAAUUUUGCAGAAAGAAUCAAGCAAGAAACACACGAUCGCGACGUGAAGAUUGCUGGAUUAAGCGAUCAACUUGAAAAAGCUAAUCGUCAAGUUGUUCAGCUUCAGUCUAAAUUACUGAAAAUUGAGCAGGUAAUGAAGAAUGGUGUUGAUUCUCUUCGUAGCGAUGUACAAGUCAGUCAGCGUGACAUUGUGGAAAAUAUUCAGAACAUGCAAACCAUGCUUGCUGAUUCACAAUCUGAAAUACAACAGUAUAUUCAGAAUGUUGGUCAGGAGCUACAUCAAGGUGUCACCAAUCGUAAAAAAUUGCAAAGUUCAUUUUAUAGACUAAAGCAAUCUUGUCACUUGCAACCUAAACAGGUCAACUGCGAAUCUCAAACCGAAAUUGUGAAACAAUUUGAAAAUGCCAUUUGCGAUCGCAAUUGCAAUUGCAACAUCCAUUCCAAGGAAAUGAUUGAUAUUUCACAUACCCAUUUAAAUCGAGUACAUGCUGGUUUAACUGAAUUCCAUGCCACUUUACAUGCAUGCAUUGUGCCCUUACAGCAACACGCACUGAAACCUCGAGUGUUUGUUGAAUUUGUAGAGCAUAUUUUGGAUUUGGUACAUGAACUUGUUUUACUGUGCAAACACGACGAUACAAAGUAUCAGAAUUCUGUUUUGAAUGCAAAUCAAUGGCUAAUGUCACGCCUCCAAGACAAAACAGUCUACUCUUCACAGACUGCUAGCUUACCUACUUCAAGUGUCAAGGCAGUUCAGCUGGAUCUAUUGCCAAUGAAAGAUGCUCAAACCAACACUUUUUUUACGUAUCCAACAAACUCACCAACUCUAUCCUCAGCUGCUCCACAUUUAGAUCAAGAGUCUGUUAAAUCAGAUCACUUGACACAACAAUCCAUUCAAAACGCUUCAUACAUUGAUUUUGAAAAGUUUGGAAACAGCCAAUCUGAAUCUUUCCUGGCUGACACUGAGAAAGACCAAAGACUAGAACAGCGCGCGCAAGAGUUUGAAUCAGAACUUGCACACAUGAAGCUGAUGUCUAAAAAAGCAUUUGCUCAAACUGCUCAAACACUUUCUAACCUAUAUCGUCUGAAUGGAACAGACUCAUAUAAUGUUCAAUCAAACUCAAGCUCCGCAAUGACAAUUAUCAAAGAUAAGGCAGCAUUUGAAUUUUCAUCAUUGGAAGCAAAUAUUAAUCGGUUGCUGCUUGGUGAUUCGACUGUUGAAAUUGAACCCAACAAAGAUGGUCACGAUUAUUUAUCCAAAGAUAUGGAGCAUAUUCGCAUGCUGACAAAACAUUCCUUACAAACUACUGCUGAAGCUAUUAAAAUGGCAGCACAACCUCCUUUUACACAUUCAUGGAUAUACCAAUCAGAAUCUAGCUCAGCAACAGAUUUGAAAAGCAGGCCAUUUUUAGCCAAGAAAACCUCUAGCUUAACAGGGCUUGGAUCGGAAAAGGAUAAAUGCGAGAGUGAUCAUACGAAUUUGAAAUCAAACUUGUCUAUUAUUACAGAUGGUUUUGAGAAAUCAAGGCCAAGACAACAAUCAAUUCUUUCAAAAAUUGAUCUUUCUGCAAAAUCAGAUAUGAUGGAAUCACUAAGUCAUGAUCUUGCAUACAUGCGAGAUUUAACACGUCGAUCCAUUAUUUCUACUGCAGAAACCAUUCGAUCAGCGGCACAAUGCGAUGAAAAGUGUCCAGAUCUUGAUGUAGUGACAAUGGAUUACGAUUAUCCUCAAAUGGAAAUGCAAAGUGGUAUGAAUGACACCAACAAAGCAAUGGAUGGUGGCUCGACAUUGUUUGAUAUAGAAACGAUGAAAUCUCUUACAAUGGCUUCGAUUGAACAAACACAAAUUCUGAUUCAUCAAAUUGAAAGAGAUCGUAUGAAUGAAUGA